AUGAUAGAAACUGGUUUCGCAGGUAGAAAUAGUGGUGGUGGUAUUUUUCGAGCAUCAAGAAUGGGUCGUUGGCUUGAAAGAGAUGGUUUAAAUUUGCCAAAUCCAAGACCAUUUCCUAAUGACACUAACGAAAUUAAUUUUCCAUUUUAUUUCGUAACUGACGAAGCGUUCCCUUUGAAAAAAAAUUUAAUGAGACCAAACCCACGGAGAACGUUAAAAAAUAAAAAACGAAUAUUUAACUACAUACUCAGUAGAGGUAGAAAAACUGCUGAGUGUUCGUUUGGCAUGAUGUCACAAAAAUGUCAAGUAUUGAUGUCACUAAUACGAUGCACUAACGAAACUACCAUAAACAAUAUAAUACGAUCAGUAUGUAUCCUCCACAAUUUCAUACGUAAAAGGGAAGGUCGCCAGUGUAUAUCUUCCAUUGAUUUGGAUGUAAAUAAUCCAGAAGACUUCCAAGUACCCGACGAGUUUCUCAGGGACAACCAAGAUCAAAAUGAGUUGCCGAGGUAA